AUGAAGCAAGCUAUCGUGGACAAAGCUGUUACUGUCGCAAUCUGCGAUGUCGACAUUCCUGUCGCCAAGCCUGGCCAAGUUGUGAUUCAGGUUGUGGUGUCUGGUACCAAUCCCAAGGAUUGGAAAAUGCCCGCUUGGAUGCCAGAUGCUCCUGCUGCAAACCAGGGCGAUGAUAUUGCCGGCUAUGUUGAGGCUGUGGGAGGAGGAGUCUUGAACUUCAAAAAGGGCGACCGAGUGGCUGCUUUUCACGAAAUGAUGACGCUUGGUGGAAGUUACGCCCAGUAUGCCGUCGCAUGGGAGCACACGACCUUCCAUCUCCCGGAGGAUACCAGCUUCGAAGAGGCCGCCACGAUCCCACUAGCUGCCACGACAUCUGCCCUUGGUCUGUAUCAGCAGCUAAGCCUUCCACUUCCUUGGAAUCCCGCGCCAGAACCACUGCCUCUGGUAGUGUAUGGCGGUGCAUCCGCUGUCGGCGCUUUUGCGAUCAAACUAGCACGCCUCUCGAAUAUCCAUCCUAUCAUCGCUGUAGCCGGCAAGGGCACACCGUUCGUUGAAACACUGAUCGAUCGUUCCAAGGGCGACACCAUCAUCGACUACCGCAAAGGCGACGAAGCUGUGCGCAAGGCCGUCAGAGAUGCCGCCCGCGGCCUGCCAAUCCACCACGCUUUUGACGCCGUAUCAGAGAAGGGGAGCUACCAGAAUCUCGGCGCGGCGCUAACCGCACCAGCUACAAUUACAGUUGUUCUGCCGGGUCAAGAGUACAACAAGGUUCCAGAGGGGGUUAAGAUUGUCGCAACCACCGUAGCAUCAGUUCACAAACCUGCAGAUAAAGGGAAAAUGGUUAGUGAGGUCGAGUUUGGCGCUGCAUUCUUCGCCUUGUUUGGGAGAGGCCUGGCGGGGGGUUGGUUCACGGGGCAUCCUCAUGAAGUUCGCCCGGGUGGGUUGGCUGGGCUUGAGGGAGCGUUGAAAGACUUGCAGGCUGGCAAAGCUUCGGCUGUGAAGUACGUUGUCCGCAUCGCCGAGACACCAGGACUGUAG